AUGUCCGAAGGUGACGUCCCGCCUCCAAAUCCCAAGAAGGAUGGACCCGUCGUGGCCGAAGCCCACCAGGUCGAUACCUACCAUGUCCCCAAACCGUUUUGGAAGAAGGGCCCUGGCAAGGCCCACAUUAAAGACCUGGACGAGUACUGGGCCAUGUACAAGGAGUCUAUCGAGCAGCCAGACAAGUUCUGGGGUAAGAUGGCCCGGGAACUGCUGGACUGGCAACGGGACUUCAAGACAGUCCACUCCGGUACGCUGGCCAACGGCGACAAUGCCUGGUUUCUGGAGGGCCAGUUGAACGCCAGCUACAACUGCGUCGACCGCCAUGCAAUUAAAAACCCCGACAAGCCGGCCAUCAUCUACGAGGCCGACGAGCCAGGCGAAGGCCGUGUCCUCACCUACGGCGAGCUUCUGCGCGAGGUCUCACGGGUUGCCUACACCUUGACACAGAUGGGCGUCAAGAAGGGCGACACCGUUGCGCUCUAUCUCCCCAUGAUUCCUGAAGCCGUCAUUUCCUUCCUCGCCGUGACCCGUAUCGGCGCCGUCCACUCAGUUGUGUUUGCCGGUUUCUCCUCCGGCUCGUUGGCGGACCGAAUCAUCGACGCCAACUCCAAAGUGGUCAUCACCACUGACGAGGGAAAGCGUGGUGGCAAGCUGAUUGGCACCAAGAAGAUCGUGGACGAAGCUCUCAAGAAAUGCCCCGAUGUCCACCGAGUGCUGGUUUACAAGAGAACAGGUGCGGACGUGCCCUGGACCAAGGGCAGAGACUUCUGGUGGCACGAAGAGACCGCGAAAUACCCUUCCUACAUCUCCCCAGAGCCCGUCGCGUCCGAAGAUCCUCUGUUCCUGCUAUAUACGUCGGGUUCGACCGGCAAGCCGAAAGGCGUCAUGCAUUCGACUGGGGGUUACCUGCUAGGCGCGGCGGCGACUGGCAAGUACGUGUUCGAUAUCCACGACGACGACGUCUUCUUCUGCGGCGGUGAUGUUGGUUGGAUUACCGGCCAUACCUACGUCGUUUAUGCUCCUCUCCUCCUCGGUGUUGCGACCGUCGUCUUCGAGGGCACCCCAGCCUACCCCGACUUCUCUCGCUAUUGGGACGUCAUCGACAAGCACAAUGUCACGCAGUUCUAUGUUGCGCCGACUGCACUGCGUCUGUUGAAGAGAGCCGGUGAUGAGCACAUCCACCACAAAAUGCACAAGUUGCGCGUGUUGGGCUCCGUAGGUGAACCCAUCGCAGCCGAAGUCUGGAAGUGGUACUUUGAAUCCGUCGGCAAAGAGGAGGCCCAUAUCGUGGACACAUAUUGGCAGACAGAGACUGGCUCUCAUGUCAUUACACCGAUGGCUGGCAUCACCCCCACGAAGCCCGGUAGCGCAUCUCUGCCUUUCUUUGGCAUUGAGCCUGCGAUCAUCGACCCGGUGUCGGGCAAGGAAAUUGACGGCAAUGACGUUGAGGGCGUCUUGGCUUUCAAGCAGCCAUGGCCGAGUAUGGCCCGAACCGUGUGGGGUGCGCACCAGAGAUACAUGGACACAUAUUUGAACGUUUACAAGGGCUAUUAUUUCACUGGUGACGGCGCUGGUCGUGAUCACGAAGGCUAUUACUGGAUUCGUGGACGUGUCGAUGAUGUCGUCAAUGUAUCAGGCCAUCGUCUCUCAACGUCAGAAAUCGAAGCUGCUCUGAUCGAGCAUGACGGUGUUGCCGAGGCUGCCGUCGUUGGCAUCAAUGACGAGCUCACUGGCCAGGCUGUCAAUGCCUUUGUGUCACUCAAAGACGGCGUCGAUCCCGGUGAGCAGAUACGCAAGGAUCUCGUCCUGCAGGUCCGCAAGUCCAUCGGGCCAUUCGCCGCACCAAAGGCCAUCUUCGUCGUCGACGACCUUCCCAAGACUCGAUCCGGCAAGAUCAUGAGGAGAAUUUUGAGAAAGAUCCUGAGCGGCGAGGAGGACAGCCUUGGAGACACUUCGACUCUGAGUGACCCGAGCGUGGUUGACAAGAUCAUUGAGACUGUCAAGUCGUCAAAGAAGAAGUGA